AUGAUCAUUAUGCAUGUACGUCAUUGGGUGUGCUACAUUAAAUUAUUGCAAUUUUUAAUUUAUUUUGUAAAUAUAACAUUCCAUUUUCAUAACCAUUAGGUAAUAAAUGAUAUAAGAAAACAAAAAUGGUUAUGUGAACUGAACUCGCUUAAGUAAACUGUACAAAAUUAAAGUUUUAAAAGGUUCAUGCGAUGUACCUUGUUUUUGUGCAACUUUAAGGAACUGUGUUACAGCAUAUAUUUAAUUUUCUGCUUAAAUAUAACAGAGGAAGACAUGGACGCGGACAUGGAGGGGGCGGGCCGGAACAUACUGGACGACAUGCCGCCCAUCAACUACGAGGCCCUGCAGGGCGACGUCGGUGCCGGCUGCAACGAUGUCGGAGACAUGACCUUUUGCAUGGGCAACUAUGUCUCCGACUUUAUGAAGAUGAUGUUCACCAUGCGCUCACACCACAUGCUCACAGACGUGGUGCUAGAGGUGGGCAGCGAGCUUUUUCACGUCCACAAAGUCGUGCUGGCCGCCGGCAGCCCCUACUUCAAGGCGAUGUUCACAAGCGGACUGAAAGAGUGCGAGAUGUCGCGCGUGCGGUUACAGGGCGUGUGCCCCUCGGCCAUGGCGUGGCUCGUGUACUUCAUGUACACGGGCAAGGUGCGCAUCACGGAGGUCACCGUGUGCCAGCUGCUGCCCGCCGCCACCAUGUUCCAGAUAUCGAACGUGAUCGAGGCGUGCUGCGCGUUCCUGGAGCGGCAGCUGGGCCCGUCCAACGCCAUCGGCAUCGCCAACUUCGCGGAGCAGCACUGCUGCACCGACCUCAAGCAGAAGGCCAACCAGUUCAUUGAGAGGCAUUUCACGGAGGUCUGCCAAGAGGAGGAAUUCCUUCAACUGACGCCAUCAGAGCUGAUAGCCCUGGUGCGGAAAGACGAGCUGAACGUGCGAGAAGAGUGCGAGGUCUAUAAUGCCGUGCUUAGUUGGGUGAAACACGACGAGGACCGGCGAUACCCGCGCAUGGAGCACAUCCUCCAGGCGGUGCGCUGCCAGUACCUCACGCCUAGCUUCCUCAAGGAGCAGAUGAGCUCGUGCUCUGUGCUGCAGAAAGUGCCCGCCUGUCGGGAGUACCUGGCGAGGAUAUUUCAGGAUCUCACAUUACACAAGAAGCCCGUGGUAAAGGAGCGGCGGCCGAACACGCCGCGCAUCAUCUACGUCGCUGGGGGCUACUACCGGCACUCGAUCGACGUUUUCGAGGCAUUUAACCUGGACGACGGUUGCUGGACAACGUUGCCGCGGCUCACCGUGCCGCGCUCGGGGCUCGGCGCGGCCUUUCUCAAGGGUCUGUUCUACGCGGUGGGCGGUCGGAACACGUCCCCGGGCUCCUCGUACGACAGCGACUGGGUGGACGUGUACAACCCCGCCAACGAGCACUGGCGGCCCUGCAGCCCCAUGUCCACGCCCAGGCACAGGGUGGGAGUAGCGGUAAUGGACGGACUAUUGUACGCGGUCGGGGGAUCGGCGGGCUCCGAGUAUCACAAGUCUGUUGAAUGCUACGACCCCGAGAAAGACGUAUGGUCGACGGUGGCGCCGAUGGCGUGCGCGCGGCUCGGCGUCGGCGUGGCCGUGGUCAACCGGCUGCUGUACGCCGUCGGCGGGUUCGACGGCGCGCGGCGCGUCAACACCGCCGAGUGCUACCACCCGGAGAACAACCGCUGGUCCGAGAUCGCGCCCAUGCAGCAGGCGCGGAGCGGCGCCGGCGUGGCGGCGCUGGGGCAGUACAUCUACGUGGUGGGCGGCUACGACGGGUCGCAGCAGCUGGCGUCGGUGGAGCGCUACGACACGGAGCGCGACGCGUGGGAGCCCGCCGCGCCCGUGCGCACCGCGCGCUCCGCGCUCUCGCUCACCGUGCUCGACAACCGGCUCUACGCCAUGGGCGGCUACGACGGCACAUCAUUCCUCGACAUCGUGGAGGUGUACGACCCGAGCACGGACACGUGGUCGCCGGGCACGCCGCUCACGUCGCUGCGCAGCGGCCACGCCUCCGCCGUGUGCUACCAGCGCGUGGCCUGCUGCGACCUGCCCGACCCCGCGCGCCCGCAGCCCGCCGCCAGCUCGGACAUACCCAUGGCCAAUAACAUCAUAGGAACCUUAUCCAAUAACAACUGUAGGGGUUGCUUAUAGCAGCAGUGAAUACGAGUACGGGACUAGACGCGCGAGGCAGCUAACGAGCUAUUUGCGCUCGGUGAACUAGAGGGUACCGUGGCUUAAAAUAGCACAAUCUCAAAUCCUAAAACU